CGUCAGAUUAGGCACGUCGAGCUAUUUUUCCCAUAAUUCAGUCACAUAAACUUGAAGCUCGCGGUUCACGAAUGUUCUCAGUUUACAAAUAUCUCAUAUCGUACAUUCGUUGGUUCUUCAUUUCAUUUCGCUACGAUUAGCUAUCACAAAAUGCAUUUCGUCUUUGUAUUGGCGGUAUUGAGCCCGAUCAUCGCCACUUUUACGGCUGGACGAACAUCGGAAGACGAAGAAUUCUGUCUACACCGAGUCUCCUACGGGGAAGCUAAGUUUUCGGGAAAGUUGAUUCAGGAAGUUGCGAAAAAAGAUGGGAAAAAUCUGAUUAUUUCCCCUCUCAGUACUUUCCUCGUUUUGGCUUUGGCAUCGUUCGCAGGAAGAGGAAGGACCGAGUCGGUACUUCGUACCGCACUUGGACUUCCUUCUUGCAAGGAAUGUAAAAAAUAUGGUUUGCAGGCACUGGUUGAAGAUUUCAAGAGUUACGAGGCAAUGCAGCUGAGUGUCGCCAACGUUGCGUUCAUUUCUAACGAUUUUCGUCUCACCAGCGAAUUUUUUAAUACGUCGGUGAAUGUUUUCAAUUCACGAGUACAGCAGCCCUGGUUCAGCAAUCCACCUGCUGAUGUAAGCUUCGUCAUAAAAAUUUGGUGCCAGAGCAAAACGGCUAACCAUGUCAAUUCCGUUAUCCAUCCAGCUGAUUUGAACAACAAUACAAAUUUGGUUCUCGUAAAUGCGGUGUAUUACAAUGCGAAAUGGCAGAUCCCAUUCGACACUAACAAUACAAUAGCUCAUACAUUCUAUCGUGAAGGGACUACAGAAAUAUCAUUGCAAACAAUGGUUGCGAAACGGGUCGUCUAUUUUGGUGAAUAUUCUGAAGCGAAUUCAGCAUUCAUCGAGCUUCCAAUCCUGAGCAAAGAUGCUACCCAUAACAUGAGCAUGUUUGUCAUACUUCCGAAUGAUCGAAACGGUCUUGCUUUCCUCGAAGCAAACUUCCAUAAAAUCAACCUCGGACUACUUCGUAGCAAAGCAAAAACUGUAGAAACUAAUAUUCGUUUGCCGAAAUUCCGAAUUACCAAUGAAAUUGAACUCAGCCAACCCCUAACACAGAUGAACAUGGGUGAGCUGUUCGAUCCAAACAGAGCAGACUUUGCAAAAAUGUGUGCAAAUCCUAGCGGCGCUCCAUUUUCUAGAAACCCAAGAAUAUUUGUAGAUAAAAUUGCGCAGGGAGCUUUCAUAGAAAUCAAUGAAGAAGGCGGCAAAGCUUCAACGGCAGCUGGCGUUAUACCAAUGAUGACAGGAACCAGAGACUUCUUUGCUGACCAUCCUUUCUAUGCUAUCAUCGCUACGACAGGCAACAACCCUGUUAAUGUCUUCACCACCCGCUUCACCGGUCAUGAUUAACUCCUUUGCGCAUGGGACUAUGCUCGGGAACAAUUUCCUGGAAAUUUUAUUUAGGCUAGGUGAUUAUGAAUCUUUAUUUAAAUUUCAAAGGUUCGAUUAGAAGAUAAAACGGUAGAAAAGUUUGUCAGUUUGUAACUACUGCGUAAAUUAAUGAUAUUUAUAUUUUUCAAAAGAAACAAGACAGAAAAUUGAUUGAUUAAAUUGUGUCCCCCACAUACUUUGGGGAGUCUCAAAAUGUCAAGAGUCUAAAAAAUGAGAUUUCAGGAUAAAUGGCGUCGUCACAGUUUUUCAUCACUUUUCCAAUAACUCGACAUUCUUGUUGGUUCCAAUUAUUACCUUGUGCGAUUUAGUGCAUCCACUGAUACCUGAUGAUUAGCCAGCAGUACAUAAAUAAAAUAAUUAAGCAUCAAAAAA